UUAAAAAAAGGUGGGUCUAGGACAGCCCAAACCUCAGGGCGGGCAUUGGGUGCACAUAAGUUGAGAUGCCUUCCAUGGCUCCUGGGGGGAGGAUAAACUCUCAAACCAAUAAUAAGAAACGCAAAGCCUACUCCGAUGGUGACAAUCGUUCUGAACUCUUGGCCAGGAAGCAUAAGUUUGAACAACAGAGAAAAUCGCUGCCUAUAGCUUCGGUUGAAAAAAAACUGGUCGAUGAGAUUCGGUCUAAUAGUACGCUGAUAAUCGUGGGUGAAACAGGAAGUGGAAAGACAACACAAUUGCCUCAAUUUCUAUUGAGUGCGGGAUUCUGUAAUGCUGGAAAAGUCAUUGGCAUUACACAACCCAGACGAGUUGCAGCUGUUACCGUAGCAAAACGUGUUGCUGAAGAAUGUGGUGUUGAACUUGGAAGCACAGUUGGAUAUUCCAUUAGAUUUGAUGAUAUGACGUCUAAUUCUACUAGUCUCAAGUACAUGACAGAUGGACUAUUAUUGAGGGAAGCACUGUUGGACCCAUAUCUCUCCAGAUAUUCGGUGAUAAUAGUAGAUGAAGCUCAUGAGAGAACUGUACACACAGAUGUGUUACUUGGUCUGCUGAAACGUAUUCAGAAGGAGAGGGGGAAACUUAUUAACGAACACAAUAAUGGCAUGCGUACGAUGACAAAUGAAACAAGUGUUGGUACUCUUAAGAAGUAUCAGAGACUCAGCCCAUUGAAGUUAAUUAUCAUGUCUGCUAGUUUAGAUGCUCGUGUAUUUUCUGAUUACUUUGGUGGAGCAAGAGCUCUAUAUGUUCAAGGGAGGCAGUUUCCAGUAGACAUAUUCUACACUCUUCACCCUGAGACAGACUAUGUUGAUGCAGCUUUAAUUACCAUAUUUCAGAUUCAUUUGGAGGAGGAAAGUGGUGAUAUACUUGUUUUUUUAACUGGACAAGAAGAGAUUGAAUCAGUUGAGAGGCUAGUUAAGGAGAGACUUCAACAACUGGCAGAAGACAAAAGAAAACUGAAGGUCUUACCAAUAUAUUCUUCUCUUCCAUCUGAAAAGCAGAUGCAAGUAUUCAUGCCCGCUUUAGAUGGAUAUCGCAAGGUAGUCCUGGCAACAAAUAUUGCUGAGACAUCUGUAACGAUUCCUGGAAUAAAGUAUGUGAUAGAUCCUGGAGUUGUAAAACAACGUCAAUACACUGCUAGUACAGGGAUAGAGUCAUUGGUUGUUGUUCCCAUUUCUAAAGCUCAGGCUUUACAAAGAAGUGGUCGUGCAGGCCGUGAAGGACCUGGCAAGUGCUUUCGCCUUUAUCCUGAAAGGGAAUUCCAGAAACUGGAUGAUUCUACAAAGCCAGAAAUCAAACGGUCUAACCUUUCGAAUGUGAUUUUGCAACUCAAGGCUCUUGGGGUAGAUGAUAUUCUGGGGUUUGAUUUCAUUGAAAAACCAAAAAGUGAGGCGGUCUCGAAAUCAUUGGCAUUAUUGAGCUUGCUGGGUGCUCUAACAGAUGAAAAUAAACUGUCGGAUCCAAUUGGGCAUCAAAUGGCACGUCUUCCCUUAGAGCCCAUUUACUCGAAAGCUCUUAUUCUUGCCAGUCAGUUCAACUGCUUGGAAGAAAUGUUAAUAGCUGUUGCAAUGCUAUCAGUGGAGUCUAUCUUUUAUACCCCACGUGAGAAGAAGGAAGAGGCUCGAGCAGCAGCAAAGUGCUUCUCAAGUCCUGAAGGAGAUCAUCUGGCCUUGCUCAACGUCUUUCGAGCUGCUGUUGAAGUUUUGCAGAAGAAUUUUGGCAACAAUAGAGAAAAGGCUGAAAAGAAUCUGAGAAAGUGGUGUAAGGAUAAUUUCAUUAACAACCGUUCCCUUAAACAUGCUCUUGAUGUUCACAGACAAAUUGUUGGGCAUGUUGAACAAAUGGGUUUAAGUAUAACCUCUUGUGGAGAAGACAUGAUUCAAUUUCGCCGAUGCCUUGCAGCUGCAUUUUUCCUUCAAGCUGCUCUAAAGCAACCUGAUGGUACAUACAGGUCUUUGUCGAGUGGUCUUGUGGUGCAGAUCCACCCAUCUUCUGGGCUAUUUAAGGGAAAACCGGAGUGCUUAAUUUAUAAUGAACUACUUAAAACUAAUAAUAAUUAUAUUCGCAAUGUAACAAGGAUUGAUUACCUGUGGUUACCUGAGCUGGCUCCGCAAUACUAUGCACUGAAGUAAAACAACAGAGAAGGCCGGUACUUAUUGGGAUUCUGUAAAACAAGGAAGGAGAUUGGAAGUGGGAAAUCAUUUUUCCUUUCCCUUGGACUGAUUGAUAAAUGUUUAACAAGUAAUUCUCUAUGGUCAUAGCUUUCUAUGAUCUUAGGGCUUUGGUUUAGGCCAUUGUGUAGUAAUAUUGUAUGUACACAACUCUUUAGUUCAGCCAAAAGUAUUGAUUUGCCAUCUGAUCUUGGGAAAUUGGGUGCCUCCGUCGAGCUUGUUUGAUCUCGGGUCUUUUAGUAUCUUUUUUUUCCCAUAAAACCUUGUUUGUAACCGAUCUCGUUUCUUUUCAACUAUCAAUUUGAGGCCGUUAAUAUUUCGAUU